GAGGGAUGGAGAGACAGAUGGAGAAAGAGAAAUGGACGGAGAGAAGAGGAAGGGAAGUAGAGAUGGAGAGAACAGCAACGGUCGGGGGCGGCUUCUGAUUGGCCUGCGGUUCUCCAGAGACAGUCUCCACUUCCUGUUCAGAGGUCGCAGCGGGGGGGUCAUGGCGCGCUGGGUGUUCCGAGGCGUCCAAUUGGCUGAUGAUCACUGGCACACGUUGGUGUUAGCAUUUAGCGGACACUACGCUACUCUCACUGUGGACUGCAACACACACCUGGAACUCAGGGUUCACUCCAAGUCGUUGCCCUCUGACCUAAGUGUUCAGGGUUCCAGAUUCCACAUCGGCAGCCGAGGAAGAUGGAAAGGCCUGUUCUCAGGUCUGAUCAGACAGCUGGUCCUGGUGCCAGGCUCUGGUGCCACCGCUCGUGUCUGCCCGUCCUCCAACCCCAGGCUGGCAGAGCUGUCUGUGCCCGCGGUGCUGCUGGACCUACCACUCAAAGAGACUAGGAGUGACCUCACCCUGCCUUCAUAUGAGACAGAGGUACGGGUGUCUGUGGGGCUGGAGCCGUCCUGUUCCGGUUCAGUAAGAGGACAGUUGUGGUUCAACCCCGUCAGGAGAGCGCUCUACCUCUGUGAUGGUACACUCUGGGUCCCCAUGCUGCAAGAGUCCCAGAGACUAGACUAUGUCUUGGAGCAGCAGGUCCUCUCCACCAGUUCAGAGACGUAUGAUAUGGAGGUGUUCAGUGUACAAGGGCUGGGUUUGAUGGCAGCCAUGGCCCACCGCUCCCCCUCCCUGGGCUCUGCAGUCUACCUCUGGAGAGACGGAGGCUUUCACCUUUACCAGAAGAUCAGCACACAUGGAGCUCUCUCCUGGAGACACUUUACUAUGGGGAAGAAGAUAUUCCUGGUGGUGUCUAACUCCAGGGAGAGCACAGGGAAGGAGGAGACAGUGGAGAAGGAUGAACUGUCAGUGAUCUACAGGUGGAAUAAAAAGACACAGAGAUUUGUUCAUUACCAGGCGCUGCAGACACACUGUGCACGGGACUGGGAGGCCUUCCGCAUCCAAGGACAUACCUACCUCGCCGUGGCCAACCACAGACAAGGUAAUACUAACCACACCAUAGACAGUGUGGUCUACAAGUGGGACCGUGGCACGCAGUUGUUUGAACCUCACCAAGCCCUGCGGACCUCGGGGGCUUACGACUGGGAAGCCUUCACGGUCGGACCCUACCACUUCCUGGCUGUGGCGAACGCGUUCGACGGACUGACCACUCACGUUGACUCGGUCAUCUAUGUCUGGGUGGAUGGAAGUUUCCGCUUGUUUCAGACUAUUAAGACUUUCUGUGCCACAGACUGGGAGAUGUUCCAGAUCGGCAGCAGGGUUUUCCUGGUGGUUGCCAAUGGACACAGACUCCAUGGCAAUGGCCCCAGUCGCUAUGCCAUCAACUCAACCAUCUACGAGCUGGACAUGAGCUCUCAGCUGUUCCUGCGUUUUCAGGACAUAAUCACAUACAGUGCUGUUGACUGGGAGUUCUUCACAGUAGGAGAGGAGAGUUACCUGGUCGUUGCUAACUCAUUUGACGGAGAGUCUCACUCUCUGAACAGCAUUAUCUACAGGUGGCAGGGAUACGAGGGUUUUGUUCCCAUUCACCGGCUUCCCACCAUCGGAUGCAGCGACUGGGAAUUCUUUACUUCCGGAGAGGAGUCCUAUCUGAUCUACUCCAGCGCCACAGCACCUCUCUCCAAAGUGUUCCGUCUGAAAACACACUGACAUGUGACCCAAUAUCAUUACAAAUCAGGGACAACAGUGAAAAACAUAAAAAAUGAAAUCUCAACUGAUGUAAUAAUGAAUGUUACAUUAUGUUGUUGUACUGGGCCACGUUAGCAGAGAGAGUGUGUAGAUACUGUACAAUUUUUUGUGUAUAAGUGAACUUUAACAUUAAUCAUAUUUGUUGCCUAUCAUU